AAAAGAUUUAUUUACUGUUCAUUGGUUAUUAUUUUUGUAGAUCUGAUAAACAUUCUUCUGAGCUAGUAUCUGGUAAGUGACUGUGUAAAAAUAAACAUACAGAUCACUAAAAAGGUGAAUGACAUGAAUAAUGGAUCUUUUGAAUGACCACUUGUUGAAUAAAUAAGGCUGUUCCUGUGUGGUACUGCAGUAUAAAAUAUCAUGUCUUCAAUGAAUAGCUGAUAAAGGAAUGACAACUCCUGAUUUCCUUUUGUAGGCUCAGGAUCCACCCAAAAUCUUGGCUUCCCUGCUUGCAGCUUUCAGAACUCUUCAGUGUGAUGAUGAUGUCUAGAUGGAAACUAAAUUUUAAAUAAACUUAGAGAUAACUAGCCCGAGCCCCGUCAGCCACACUCUCUCCCCGCCAGCCCAGCCCCACCAGCCAGGCAGAGGAGGCUCUGUCCCAAGCGCAGCAUUGUAUUCCUGUGACUGGAGGUAGCGGACAGGAGAACUUCCCUACAUCAAUGCACUGCCAAUGGUGGUGUAAUACCAAGGGCUGUACUGCUGCCACAUCACAAUUUUGUGAGGUUUCAGAGAGUAGUUCUGGGUUACCAUCUUGACCUCCAGAGGUUCAGCAAUUUCUGUGAUUCGGCAUGGAUCAGGUCCCGAGGGUGCUGGAUUAGAGUGGUUCAACCUGUAAUGCCUUUGCUGCAUUUUGAGAAAUACUUUGUAUUUCAGGAUCCAGGGCUCUGCUAUUGUCGCACCUACUUGGCAGUUGUUAGAACCCUGCAUAAAGUUGCUGAUAUUUCAUUCAUUGUUGUUCGGUAUUUCAAAAGUUUGUGUUACACUCUACCACCUUUUGGCAAUGAGAUCUAAAACCUGUUUUCAUGUGGGACAAAUGCCAGUUAUUUCUUCUUACUUCACUGAACAUCUUGCAGGAGUACACUUUGAACCAGCUUUGCAGAAUGUUACUAGCUUACUUGCCUAAGGGUUAUAUCCUUUGUCGUGACCUCAUGGUUUAAGUGGGAAUAAAGAUGAGUAUAAGCAGUGAUGAGGUUAACUUCCUGGUAUAUAGAUACUUGCAAGAGUCAGGGUUUUCUCAUUCAGCAUUUACCUUUGGUAUAGAGAGCCAUAUCAGCCAAUCUAAUAUAAAUGGUGCUCUGGUGCCACCAGCUGCUUUGAUUUCCAUCAUCCAGAAAGGUCUGCAGUAUGUAGAAGCUGAAGUCAGUAUUAAUGAGGAUGGUACCUUGUUUGACGGUAGGCCAAUAGAGUCUCUCUCACUGAUAGAUGCAGUAAUGCCUGACGUGGUACAAACAAGACAGCAGGCCUACAGAGAUAAACUUGCACAACAACAGGCAGCAGCUGCUGCUGCUGCAGCUACCACAAGAAAUGGAGAAAAUACUGCAAAUGGAGAGGAAAAUGGAGCGCACACUAUAGCAAAUAAUCAUACGGAUAUGAUGGAAGUGGAUGGAGAUGUGGAAAUCCCUCCUAACAAAGCAGUGGUGCUGCGUGGUCAUGAAUCUGAAGUAUUCAUCUGCGCCUGGAAUCCUGUUAGUGACCUCCUGGCCUCAGGAUCUGGCGACUCAACUGCACGGAUAUGGAACCUCAGUGAAAACAGCACCAGUGGCUCUACACAGCUGGUACUCCGACACUGUAUACGAGAAGGAGGGCAAGAUGUACCAAGCAACAAAGAUGUGACGUCCCUGGAUUGGAAUAGUGAAGGUACGCUUCUAGCAACUGGGUCGUAUGAUGGAUUUGCAAGGAUAUGGACUAAAGACGGUAAUCUUGCCAGCACCUUGGGGCAACAUAAAGGACCUAUAUUUGCAUUAAAAUGGAACAAGAAAGGAAACUUCAUUUUAAGUGCAGGAGUGGACAAGACCACAAUUAUUUGGGAUGCCCAUACUGGAGAAGCCAAACAGCAGUUUCCCUUUCAUUCUGCACCAGCACUAGAUGUUGACUGGCAGAGUAACAACACAUUUGCUUCUUGCAGCACAGAUAUGUGUAUUCAUGUCUGUAAAUUAGGACAAGAUAGACCCAUCAAAACCUUCCAGGGUCACACAAAUGAAGUAAAUGCAAUCAAAUGGGAUCCAACUGGUAAUCUUCUGGCAUCAUGUUCUGAUGAUAUGACUUUAAAGAUCUGGAGUAUGAAACAAGAUAGUUGUGUCCAUGAUCUACAAGCACAUAAUAAAGAAAUUUAUACUAUCAAAUGGAGUCCUACAGGACCAGGAACAAACAAUCCAAAUGCCAAUCUUAUGUUAGCAAGUGCAUCCUUUGAUUCUACUGUUAGGUUAUGGGAUGUAGACAGAGGAAUUUGCAUCCACACUUUGACAAAACAUCAAGAACCUGUGUACAGUGUAGCUUUCAGCCCUGAUGGCAGGUACCUGGCCAGUGGCUCUUUUGACAAAUGUGUUCACAUCUGGAAUACACAGACAGGUGCUUUAGUUCACAGUUAUCGGGGAACAGGAGGGAUUUUUGAGGUUUGCUGGAAUGCAGCAGGAGACAAAGUUGGAGCAAGUGCUUCAGAUGGCUCAGUUUGUGUAUUAGACUUACGGAAAUAGCGCUAUUAGUUGGAAGCCAUGGACCGACUAUGAAUGUGUACAUAGCCAAAAUGACUGUCCCUAACCCAUGUACUGCUAUAGUCCCAAUUGAACCAUGGCCAGUCCAGUACAGCCAAACUUAAAAGAAGUAUAUACAUAUACUGUAUAUAAAAUAAAAUAAAGAUUACACCCUGAAGAGGAUGACAGAGUUUUGUCACAGCUUGUGAAUCCUGUUCACCAAGUGCUGGAAUCUGCUGUGCCCCCAAAAUAACAUUUAGAAGUUUCACGUUUGAAAAACAGAAGAGAGAGAAAUAUACCAUACAAGAGCAGACCAUACAUGUACCAAAUUUGGAAGAUACUAAUGACAGCCUUUAUUUCCCCAUUUUUAAUCCAGAGUCAUGAUGGUUUGUGGUUUUUUCCCCCUGCUCUUUCUCAGUAGUUGAGCAGUUUGUGUGUACAGAGAAAAUGGACUUACAUAAAUCUGCAGCUGUAUUUUGUUCUUAGCUUUUAAACAUUGGGAGGGGGGUGUUGUUUUGUUUUGGUUAAGUUUAUGGAUGCAUGAAGUAAGGGAGUGAAUCAGUUCCUUGUUUAUAUUUUUUCACCUUUAAACAAAACUUCUUUUAAAAUAUAUAUAUUUUAAUGCGUUAUUUCAAGAGGUAGAGUGAAUGAACUUAAUGAUAUUUGGUACAUUCUGUGGCUCCGAGAGCACAAUUCUGAGGGGGGGAGGGAAGAUGGGUGACUAGGGAAGAGAAAAAAUAAACUCACCUCUGAGACAUGAAGUUUCAUGUCCUGUUAAUCUAUAAAGUACGUCAGCAAUGGGUAUGAUACUGUGUUUUUUUUUCUAAUGACAUGGCUGAAAUGCAGUAAUUUCUUAUUUGGGACAUAAUUCUGCCAAACUUAAGAAUAGAAGGGCACAAAAAACAUAGAAAAUACAGGGAUGCAAAUAAAUAAAUAAAAAUAUGCAUCUUCUGUUGCGUUGACCAUAACUAACUUAUGGUUAAAUUGUGCACUAUUGUGAAAAGGAGCAAAACAUAGGGUUUUUUUUGGAGGGGAGGGAGGGGAUUGUUUGUUUUUUUUGUUUUGUUUUUUAAAAGAGUUAAAUCUUUUUGGACAAGGGUUCAUGCCACAGCUUCUACAAGUUGCCCAUCAUUGUUUAUAGGAGCUCAGAUGUCUAAUGUAACCAAAUUCCAGUAUUAAAAGUGUCUAAUGUAAUUUUUCUUUAUACAAAAUAAAAUCUUUGGCAUAUAUUUGAUAACACAGCCAUUAACAGGCAAAAUGUUUACUACCUUAGAUUUAAAAAAAAAUCUUAAAAACAGAGGACUUGCUUCAAGUUUAUUUUAAUAGCAGUAAUUCAGCUUAUUUAAAAGAUGAAUACUUGCACUAAUUCCCCUGCUGCUCCAGUCCUGUAAUUUGUUGCGUCUUGUGACUACAUUUCCCCCCAAAUAUAAGGUAGAUGUAAGCUGCUAUUUUUUUAAUAAUCACUACUAUAUUGUGUCUUUUACUCUGUUUACAAUAUCAAAUAUUUUUCUUACAGCGACAUAUGUAAGCGGCAAACCUUUUUCUGCUCAUGUGAUUAAAAGUAUAUUGAUAGUGAUUUUAUUUGUAAAUUUAUAGCAUGAGGUCUUGUUUAUGCCUAUAUGGAGUUGAAAGAGUUUUGUCUCGCAUACGAUUCCACGUGUGCAAAUCUCUAUAAAAAGAGGUUGUCAAAACUAUGUCACAAACAUUUUACUUAAAAAAUGGUUUAUAUUAUAGAGCUUUGCAAAGUUAUCAGUUUUAUAACACUAUUUCAAUCAUAAACUAAUUUUGUGGCUUAUGACGGCUAAACUUUAACUUUUUGUAGUUAAGUAUAAAUUGGUUUAACCCAAAUAAUGCAGCUUUUACAUUUUAACAUAAUUGUUCUUUAGGCAUUGAUUUCUGCUAUUGCCACAGAAUAACAUGACUUGAAGCAAGUCUGAGUUUGGCUAAGGUAGGAUGACAGUUUGCUGGUGGUAAAGAGACUACAUACAUACUUAAUAUGUAUCCCAGUUAUUAUCAGUGAGGCAGAUAAUACUAUAAUACACCACAUUUAACAACAACAACAUUCAAACAUUCAUGUCCAUAAAGGCAGUCAUCCAUGAUGGUUCUGUGCCAGCUAUUUUUAGGGUUUUGUAACAUACUGCUGUUUAGAACUACCACCCUGUGAGUUACAAUGUGUAGGAAACCUACUAUGUUGAGUGUCUGGCACUUGAAAUAUUGCUUUUAUUGCUAGAGGUCCACAACUGUGGCUGACCUCUGUCAUUAUUAAGAAAAAUUUAAAAAAAAAUAUCUGUGCAAUAAUUUUAAACUGUGCUCCCAGGAAUAGACACAAAUGUUUUGAGUAUAUUUAAGCUGAAUUUUUUCCUUUAGCAAUGCAUUUGUCGAUUGCACUGAAUUUAAAUUGAAAGUCAGAGGUGAUUCUUGAUAGUACUUUUGUAUUUUAAUAUGGACAGUUUAUUCAUUUUCAUACAAGUUAUCAGAUGGUUGUUUCAGCGAAUUGAAAAAAAAAAGUGGAAUCCUGUGACAUAACUGCAAAACCACAGCCAUAUUUGAUGGUAUUGCCACUCUUCUUUUUCUUACUCUUCAGCUGUUUUAGUUUUGAGUAGAUCUGAUUGCUUACGCAUAAUGUCAAGUAUCCAUAAUUAGAAAAUACAGACCUUCAUAACCACAGGACUGUUGGUUUUCAGAUGUUUGUACAUGCUUCAGGAAUAUCAGUUUCAUAGGUCUGGGUGUCUCUGGAUACAUGAGCCAGACAUCAAGCUGGUGUGAAUCAGCGAUGCUCUGUUGCAGUGGAGCUAUGAGGAUCCGGCCAGAAUAUUUUUUUUUACUGUUGUUCUUUAUCAACAUGCCACAGCGCUGCUCCUGUUCUGCACAAGCUUCUUCCUCUUUCAUGUAAUAAUCAGUAUUAGCCAUGUGCAUGCAUGAUGCUUAUUUCCAUGUUUUAUGUGAGGCAAGAAGGAGUACCAUGGUCAUUAGAUUCUUUUCUAGCGUAUUUAUAGUGGAACAGAAUAGAUCUUUCACGCGCUUCCCGUUAAGGGACACAUGCCUGAUAUUAAUAAGACCCACUUCUGUGAAGACUUAAGCACAUGUUUAACUUUACAUGCUAAAUGUCCAGUGGAAGUCAGUGGGCCUGCUUCAGGCAUGUGAAGUUUAAUACAUAGAAAUCUUUAUGCAUCAUUUUUUUCCAGGACAAGGAAUUCUUGGGGAGAAAUUUUAUUUAGGAAAAACUGGUCGCAUUUAUUGAUGGGAUGAAGUCUGGGCUGCUGUCAGAUUUGCUAUCUUUUUUUUAUCAUCAGCUUUGGAAUUUCAUGUUUCCCAUUUCUGUAUUAGGAGUUUCGGGUUUUCCUGGAGAUUUCCUCAUUUUCUAUUUUUACUUUUGUUCCUGUGAUUUAAAAUUGAUGUAUAGAUUCCCAAACCUUUAACUUUCUAGCAUGGUUUACAAAGUAUUUAAGUCCUAAAAAACUUUUUUUUAAUUGUUUGUGGUGUUGAUAAUGCAGUUGUUUAGGAAAUACUUCUUUACAGGGUUAAAUGGUGUGUCUAGUAGAGGACUAGAACUCUUCUAUGAAAUACUAAAAGUGCCUCUUUUUCUGGGUUAGGGGAGGGAAGUGAUAAUUACUAGAGUUUGAAUGACAUGACAGUUGAAACACAUAUCUGGAAAGUUUUGGGACACUUUAGAGAAUUUUAAAAGAAAGGCCAAAGAUUUGUACCAGCGUUCAUUUUUAUGUUUUUCAAUGCACUCCUUUUUCUUUACACUUCUUACCUCAUGUGAUGGUAUUUAAUGAGACAUUGCUGACUUUAAAGUGUUCUCUGUAUUUAGGAAGGUAGUAGCUACAGUAGGGCUGUAGUACCAGUUUGCCUUGGAUUUGCCUACAGAGCAAUGUAAUAGCUGAUGCAUUUAAUUCUGUCAUAUGAAGGAACUUCAUUAUAAUUGCAAAUGUGGCUUUUCAGGUUAUAGAUGAAAAGUUGUAUGUUUCCUCUGUUUAGUAAAGAGAUGACACGGGGCCCAGUAUUCCAUCCUUAGUCAAAAAUCUCAUUGACUUUUUCACUUCAUGGGGAAGCUUUUGCCUAAGUAACCAUGGGAGGAUUGGACGAUGGAAUGCUUAAGUAUAAUGGGCCAGAAAAAAAACACCUAUUGACUUAGUGGGAAUUUUGCUUGUGUAAGCUCUGGUGUAUUUAGCUCUGUAGUCCUUUCCUUGGCAGGCAAUACUCUCUUACAGAUCUCUUCUUCCUACUGAAAAUGCCUAUAGAACUUGUAUGAAGAGGACUCUCCAGAAGUCUGCAAAAAACAGGAACAACUUUGUGGCAUGUUGGAAGAAAGUAUGGGUUUGGGAGGUGGUAGUAAAUCUCCAUGAUGACACCUGGCCAAGCUCUGAAAUAUCACAUUCAGUAAAGACUUUUUCAACAUGAAUAUGAUUGAAGGCAGACAAAACAAUGGAAAAAUGGCACCAUUUCUUUUUUAAAACUGCAGAUUUUGUGUAAUAGUGCUUCAGCUCCCAUAGUUUUUUGAAGAGGUACAGAAUUCUCUUCUUCAGCCUUUAAAGUUUCCAGGCUUUGAGGCCUGAUGAUAACUUAGGACAUGAAUUUUCCUUUUAAGUAACAAGCAUUUUUACUUCAUAAGGGUUUCCUUGCAUUUGUGUAUAAAUUCAGGAAAACAGUCUGCAUGUCGUUGGUUGUCCAGUGUACUUUGCAAUCUUUGCAAGAGAUUGCAGUGUGCAUAUCAGUAAUCCUAGAAUACAGAAAUAUUUUUUUCUCUCUCUCCUGACAUUUACACCAUAGUUGUAAUGGUUUCAUUUUGAAGUUACAAAUCCUUUGGGUCUAAUUCUGUGAGCCUACAUAUAGCACUGGAUUAAAAUGUCUGCAUCACUUCUUCAGUUAUCCAGUUAAACUACAAUUGUUGUAAAAGUGUAAACCAGCCCAUGACAGUUUUUUGUACUUGUUUAAAGGACUUUCAAUGUUCAGUUUUCAUGAUUAUUGUCUAAAGAAGACUGAUAUAGAUGUUCUAUACUGUCCUGGACCAUGUUAAUUACACUAUGAUGUUAUUUUGGUUCUUCAUCACAAUGAUUUAUCCCCCAAACCCAGAUUCCUUCUAGGCACAUUUUCUGUUGCAGUUUCCCUUUGCAUUGUAUUGCUCUGACAACUGUAAUUUGAAUCAGAUCUGAAAGAGGUCCAGAAUAAAAUAUAUUUUGAUACUA